UUUAGAAUUAACAAAUAUCCUCUACUAACUAUAAAAAAUGUAUUGCUAGACAAAUUAUCCACUGGAUAUGUCCUGCCAGACACCCCUAAAGUUUUCCCCCUAUGGAAUCAUCAGCGUAAGCCCCACUUCAUAAUUUGAUUAAGCUGGCCCCACUGCACUUACUCAGCGCCGUCAGGUCAAAAUUAAAGAAGUUGGAUGUAUCUUCUUUUUGAGAUGACAAUUAAUUACGCAUCAGACACAUCCACCAUGGACACUGAUUGUGAAGUCAAUAUGGUGUGCAUCAUUUGCAGGGGAAGUCAAGGUGACUCACUGAAAAUGUUUGUGGAAAGAACAUGGUGUUCAUUCAAGAGAGCAGCAGAGUUGAGACUUGCACUAAAGUCGGAUCGCUACAGAGAUAUAACUACAGAAGUCAAUUUGCAGCAACAUUCAGACAAUGCAAGGUACCACUCGAAAUGCUACAGAAAGUACACAGCCGUCAUAAGGCCACCAACUGGUUCUCCAUCAAAGAAGCCAAAAACCCGACGCAGAAGUUUGAUGCCACCAUCAGAUGAGAAAGGGUUAUUAAAGGGAUCCUGCAUAUUUUGUAUUUUGCGACGAAAAACCAUUAACCAUAAGGAGGAGCCAUUGUCAGAUUGUCUUACGAAAGAUGGUUGUGAUGCCAUAUUUAAAGCAGCUCCCAAAAGUAGCAAUGAGCGGGUAAAGGCAUUAGUUCAAAGUGGGGUUGAUUUAAUUGCUAAAGAAGCCCAAUAUAUCACAAAUCGUGCCGCCGAGAGUUUUUUAGUGAAGUUGAUGAUUCAGAAGCCGAUCCAAAAACUGAAACAGUUUCAAAUAGGCAACUGCAUUCCAUUACUUUUGGAACAAUAUCAGCCCUAA